AUGCUUUUGGAUUCCGAGGACUUAAUAGUAAUGUCUAUUAUCAUUCGAAAUGAUGAUCAAGUUCUGUCUGCCAGGAAGGUUCAAGUUCUACUGGGUUAUUUUGUCCGCUGCAUAAGAAGAGCGGGUGGGUUCCGGAAUUCACAAAACCCUACUCUGGAAGCAAAUCUUGAUGCAGCAGUAGCUCAUGAUCCUGAAGAACUGAUACUGGAGUUGCAGCCUGCUGAAAGGGGCUUACAAAGUCAAAUUCUGGAAGCAGAUCUAGUUUUAUGGACAGUUGGGUCUAAACCUCUACUUCCUAUGUUAGAACCCUCUGAUAGUCCUCAUGGGCUUCCUCUGAAUGCCAGGGGACAGGCAGAAACAGAUGAAACUCUCUGUGUCAAGGGCCACCCGCGCAUAUUCGCAAUUGGUGACUCUUCUUCACUGAGGGAGUCGAAUGGAAAAUUGCUUCCGGCCACAGCACAGGUGGCUUUUCAGCAAGCAGAUUUUGUUGGUUGGAAUCUAUGGGCUGGGAUUAAUGACCGACCUUUGUUGCCAUUUAGGUUCGAGACCCAAACACAUUCCUUAGAGAUGCAUGUGUGA